AUGGAAGAUUCCAUGGACAUGGACAUGACCCCUGUGAGGCCCCAGAACUAUAUUUUUGCUGUGGCGGAAGAUGCAGAGUCAGAAGAUGAAGAGGAGGAGGUCAUGAUACUCCUAAGCAUAUCUGGAAAGCAUUCUGCCACUGGAAGUGGUAGUAAGAUUCCACAGAAAAAAGUAAAACUUGCUGCUGAUGAAGAUGAUGAUGAUGAUUUUGAGGAUGAGGAAGCUGAAGAAAAAGCUCCAGUAAAGAAACUCACACACACACACACACAAAAAAAACAAACUCAUAAAACACCAAAAGGACCUAGUUCUUCAGGAGACAUUAAGGCAAAAAUGCAAGCAAUUAUAGAGAAAGAUGGCUCCCUUCCCAAAGUGGAAGCCAACUUUAUCAAUUAUGUAACGAAUAGCUUCUGA